GAGAUGUUCAUUUGAUUGUUGUGUGGAGGAGGAGCUCGCUUGAGCGUCAGCUGUUGUGUUGUGCUGCUGCUGCUGCUGCUGUUGUUGCUGCUCCUGUGAAGAUGUCCAACGUUGCUGAGCAGAUUGCUCAGUACCAGCGUAAACUGGAAAAGUAUGCCAAGACCAAAGAGGCUGAUAAGUUGCUGUACUAUAUUCAUAAGCUGAAGUACUUAAAUGUCACCGUUAGUCACUUAGAAGAAACUGGUGUUGGUCGGUCAGUCAAUUCUCUACGUCACCAUGAGGGGUUGGUAGGGGAAAAGGCACGAGCCCUUGUAAAUAAAUGGAAGGUAAUGGUGAAAGCUGAAGAGGAGGAAGAAGAUGAUGAAGAAGAAAUAAUUGAUGAUGAAGAAGAGAGAGAACAAGCAAGUGUGGAGGCACCUGAUGGGGGUAAUGGAGCACGUGAAAUAGACAAAGAAAAUGACAAUAUUGAUGAGGAUGAUGAGGAGGAAGAUCGAUUACAAAUAGAAGAUGAGGCUCAUAAAACUCUGGAGUUUGAAGAUGAGGCUGAUGGUGAUGUAUACAGGCAUCCAGAUCGUUCCUCAGAAAGGAACAGUGAUGGUGGAUACACUAACUGCGAGGUGGAUUCGAAUGAUGAGGGUUCGGUGGAAUUUCCAGCAAAAUAUAAUCCUAAGACAUCACAAAGAGAUUACCAGAUGCACAUGUGCACAUCUGUGCCUGCUGAAUAUGUUCCAUCCAGUUCUAGCUUAGGAAGCCCGAAAGCUGUCUCAGGUUCAGUUUGGAAGGAAACCUCACCAUGUGAGUCCUCUGACAGAAAGAAUGGAAGCAGGAAUAAAAGUUCCUCUAAAAAGAGCAGCAGAGAUGAUAAAGAAAGAUACAAAGAAAAGGAGAGACAUAAAGACAGAGAGAAAGACAAACAUAAAGAUUCUUCAGGUAGUCAUGAUGGGAGAAAAAAGGAACACAAAGAAAAGCAUAAGGAUAAGCAUAGAGACAGAGAGGAGAGAAAAGGGGAAAAGGAGAAAGUGAAAUCACAUAAGGAGAAACAUAGAGAUAAAGACCGGCACAGUGAAAAGCACAGAGUGGGUAAACAAAGUGAUGAAGAAUAUAGGGUGAGGUCAAAUGCAGAGGUGGAGGAGAAGGGAAUUAUCAAUGGUUUCAGCACUCCUGAGGUUGAGAGGCGAGCUGUUGAUACAAAACGUGAUUCCAGAGAAUGUGACAAAAGAAAUGAUGAAAAGCGGAAAGAUAAAAAUGAAAAAGGCAACAGUAGUCACAGAAAGGAAGAAAGUUCGGGUAGAGACAAAGAUAUUAUAAGAGAAAAUAAGAUAAGUGAAAGUAGCAGAGAGAGGGAAAGUAGUAGAGAAAAAGACAGCUGUAAAAUAAAAGAAAAGCAGAAAGAGGAAAAAUAUAGAGAUAAACACAAAGACAGUGCUAGUAGCAGUAGUAGUAGUAAAAAAAUUAAGCAUAGGAAAGAAUUAGAUAUGAGAAAAAACCAUGAAGAGCCAGAGGACUCAGAGGGUGAUAGAAAAGACAGCAAGAAAAAGAAGAAAAAGAAUGAGGUUGAUGAAGAUGCAGGCUUUGGUGCAGCUUUGAUGGGUCUUGAUUCUCCAGUGAAGAGAAAAAAAAAGAAAAAGAAAAAAGAUACAGAGAAGGAAAAAGAAAGUUCAGACGAGGGAUCAGCCUGUCAAACAACACUGGAGUUCACUGGAGGCAUUCCCUUUGAAAUUCUUCGGCCUGUACUAGAAAGAGCAUCCCCGCAUCAACUCCUUAGCCUUGAAGAUUUCAACAACUAUCUCUUAGAUGAUACUAAUGUACUUUGGGAAGUGCAUUGUAAGAGGGACUUCAGGAAUAAGAAACUAGAGGAGAUGGAAACCUGGCGGGAAAUGUGGAUUCGCUGUUAUGAGGAAAGAGAACGAAAGCUGAAGAAUUUAACACAAAAUCUUCAGCAGAAAUUUGUAUCAAAGGCUGAACCAAAGCGAACAACUAAACUGGCAUUUGUUGAUACUGCUGUCAAAGUACCAAAAAGUGUUGCUCGUGCCCAGGCAAAGUGUGGAUCAUCGAAGCCCUCUGCAACUACUGGAAAACCAGGGAAAGCUAAUGAGGCUAAGUAUGGAACAGCUGUUCCUUCUGCAACAGCAGCAAAACCAGGGAAAGCAAAUGAGGUGGCAGCACGUAAGACCGCAAUGCAGAAUGCACAGCGUGUAGAGAGGGCAGCUAAUAACCCCCGACCUGUCUCUGCCAAAAACAAGAAAGUGGCACCACUUAUGGCCAAGACCCGACAGUUCUUCAAGAAAGCUUUCCGCCGUUGAGACUCCAUCUACAUUACCAACAGGCACUCCAACUUUACUGAUUCAGUCUCAAGGCUCUUCAGCUUCAGUUCCCUGUAAAAGCCAUCCAGAACUGCAAGGACCAAGGAUACAAGAACCUCACCUCGUCAAAUCUGGAGAACAUAGACAUACAGCUCAUCCUUUCUACAGGCCACUCUGCAGGUAUAUCUGAUGCACCAUUUCAAAAAGCAAUAAAAGUGUUCCCACCAUUGCAUCCAACACCAUCAGACUUGAUCAUACUACAGCACUGCAAGUGUCUCCAUCAUACCAUGGGGUGGUUGUGACCAGAAGUAUGUGGUUGGGGAGACCUCUUGCAGCCUACACAUCAGGUUGCAAGAAAACCAGUAUACAGUAGGGCCCCAUUUAUACUGCAGGUUAGGUACCAGGCUACCUCCGUAAAGUGGAAAUCCCCGUAAAGUGGAGCACCAUUUUUUCCACUUACAAAUGGAUAUAAAUACUAGAUAAUAAGUUUACACUAACAUAUAUUAAGUUAUCAAUAGAACUAGGCAUUAAAAACAAUAAAAAAGUAAAAUACACAUAUAGUACACUCAUUACUUACCUCAAAAUAUUUGUGGUCUUAAUCUAGGGUAAGAUGAGUAGUAUUUAUUGUAAGAAAUAGUGUUGUAUGUAAAGUAGCCAGCCAGGUACCAAACCAGGCCACCCCUCCCACACAUAAUAUUCUGUAACAUUUAAGCAUUCCAGAGCUAUAAAAUGUAUAUACAGUUCUCUCAUUACUUGCCUAAAAAUAUUUGUAGUCUUAAUGUAAGGUCAGAGGUGAGUAAACAAGAUAAAAACGAAUAAAUGAGAGAGAGAGAGAGAGAAUGAGUACAUGAGAGAGGACAGGCGCGGAGUUAUGUAAACAAACCAGGCAUACGCGAGUUUUGUAAACAAACCAGGCGAACACCUGGUUUGUGUACAAGUUACAUUGUGUACAAGUUGUCUCUGUUGAUGCUGUAGAAUAAAUAAAGAGGAACACUCCCAUUCUCAUUUAACACCAUUUUUAGAAGAAAUGACGCUCUGAGUGAAGGCAUACGAAAGGAAUAAUUUUCUACAGUUGCCCCCAGUAACACAUUUUCUCUGAUGUUGGACUAGAGAAAAUGUUGCCGUCACUCAUACAAGUCGUCUGGCUACCACAUCUCACAUUUAUGUUAAUUUAUUCUACUGUGGGGUGUAUUUAUCUUUAUAUGUUACAUAUCAUGUUUAUUAUAUAAUUUUGAAAAAAUAUCAUAAAUGGAUUAAUGAAAAUGUGUAUAUUAAUGUAAUGUACAUUUAAUGAGACUCGGUGAUUAUUAUUGAGUAUUAUCAUUACUAAUAUGGCAUCUUGAGACAAAAGACACUGAUUCUAAUGUGUACCUGCAUGCCAACACAGUGUGUAAGUUUAUUUAGGUACAGGUAUACAUAAGUAUAAUUAUCAGAGUAUAUAUAUAAAAUAUGAAAUAAAUUUUAAAAACACUUGAAAUUUUGGAGUUUCCAGAUGUAAUGGGGAGACGUGGUGCUUGCGGAGUUCAGGGAGAAUGUAAAACCGGAUGGGGCACGGUGACUGUAUAAGAAAGUCAGGUGAGGGGAGCCGUAUAGCGAGUAUUGGUCAUAAUUUGAAAUGUCCAUAUUAGCAUAACGCCAUAAAGCGAAACACCAUAAAGUGGGGCCCUGCUGUACCUGCAAGAUUCAAAACACAAAUAACACUUGCAUUAUUUGUUGGAACUAGACUGCAAACCAGAUGUCUUGUUAAGAUGCCCAACUGGUCACUAUGCAGAUGCAUGUACUUGGAAGAUGUUCUAUUCUGUACACAAAGUACACUCCAGCAGUGUUCAGUUUUCAGUUUAUCCAAACCAUUUGUUCAGCUCGCAUAAACAGGUCAUCAAAAAGAUGGUUUGUCUCCCUGAAAUCCCCUUUUCUUACACUAUACCCAUGCUAUGACCUCGCUCCCCCAACUGCUUUUAUAAAUAUACUUUUUGUCCGUCCUUGAGUAUUAAUUGAAGAAGCCUGUUUCACAAGCAAAAUGUCUCAAUAAAGUUCCUUUCUGCAAAUUGCCUAUCUUUUCCAUUUUUCUUCACGAAUUAAUCUGUCGUACCCUGGUAUAUUUGUUGUCAUAUAGGGGUUUGAUGGAAUGUGUCAGUGUGUACUGUGUGCAGUUGGGUUUUUUAUAUGAUCGUUAGUGUUAUGAUUUUUUUAUUUUUAAAUGACACGAUUCUUUUUCAUUUGAUAUUACCAUCAUGAUGUGACACAUCUUUACAUAAUAAAGUAUUGUCUAAGGUGAUAUUCUCUUAGGCCUUUGCAAUUUUCUUUUUAUGAGGGUGUCAUUGCAUUCUUGAUGUACAGUGCUCGAGAGACAUUAAAUGUGACAGGUCACAGACAAAAACCUUUGUUUAUGCUAAACUGCUUGGUUCUGUCUUUAAAUGACAAUUAGCAUUGAGACCUUGUUGCAGAACCAUAAAUUUCCAUUGAAAUUACUGCACCAUAUUUGAGAUCUAUGUGAUCUUGGUUCUCUUUGCAAGUGAACAAACCAUUUUUCUCGACCAUAAUUUUUCAGGAAAAAAAAAUAAAAUUUAUGAAUCUUCAA